AUUUUGUGUUAGUGAGCAAUUCAUCGGUCUCAAAUGAAAUCAAACGAACUAUAGCAAUAUAUAACGUGUGUCGCACACAAGGCAUGACAGUCAUCAUCUUACCGCAGAACAUGGCGGACACAAGGACAGCACCUCGGACGUCUGGAGAAGAGAACUCAGAGAAUCAGACAGAAAUCAGACAAGAAACGUUUCUUUACCCAGUGGAUAAAUCGCCUUCCCUCAUCUUUCUCCCGCUGCAUGGAUUACAGGAAGCUAUUGUUAGUAUUUCCGGUGCAUUGAGCACUGCAGUCCUCCUCGCCAAUCAGAUCGGAGCUGGUCAUUUAACGGAAGUGAGGUCCCAGAUUCUGAGUCUGUCCCUUUUUACAAGUGGCAUUGCCAGUUUAUUGCAGGUCUGCAUAGGGUGUCGACUACCGGUCAUUCACGGUCCUAGCGGGUCAUAUCUGAUUGCAAUAGCUGCCAUUCUCAAUGCCCCUAAAUGGAGUGAUGAAUCUCUGGGCAUGGAUGGAUCUGCCAAUGUCACCUCAUCUAUCAGCUGGAAGAUCCGAAUGAGAGAGAUCCAGGGCGAUCUAAUGCUGGCUUCAGGAGUUCAGUUCCUUCUGGGAAUAACGGGAAUUCUGGGCUUCUUCCUCCGGUUCAUCGGUCCUCUGACAGUGGCCCCAACUGUACUGGUCCUCGGGUUAACGCUCGGCCGUUAUGUUGUACCGCUGUGUGAACAACACUGGGGAAUAGCCAGCUUAUCGACCGUGCUGGUCCUGGUGUUUUCCAUGUUUCUGGCGAAGGUCAGUAUCCCCUUUCCUGGCUACAACAGGAAGAAGAAAUGUCACGUGACUCACUAUCCGCUGUUUCAGCUGAAUGCUGUUGUUCUGGCAAUCGGACUGUCUUGGUGUUUGUGUCACGUGCUAACAGUCACAGAUGUGUUGUCUAGCAACUCCACUGUCCAUGGUCACAUGGCUAGAACUGACGUCAGAACAAGCGCCCUCUACAAUGCUCCGUGGUUCUAUUUCCCUCUGCCAUUUCAGUUCGGAACGCCGACCAUAAGCUCCUCGGGUUUCACGGCCAUGCUAAUCAUCACGAUAGUUAAUAUCAUCCAGGUACCAGGCUUUUACUCUGCAACGGCCAGUGUAGUAGAGUUACCUCCCCCUCCGGCCCACGCCUUGAAUAGAGGGAUAGCCGUGGACGGUAUAAGCUCUGCAAUCAGCGGCAUGCUGGGAGGGGUGUAUUCAAGCAUCUUGUACAUACAGAGCCUUGGGGUGGUCACUGUUACUAAGGUUGCGAGUCGGAGUGUGUUUGUGACAGCGGCCUUGAUUCUGAUGAUAGGGGGCGUCGUAGGCAAGGUUGGGGCGGUGUUCACAAUCAUCCCCGACCCAGUAGUUGGCGGGGUCAACUUUGUGGCAGUGGGCACAGUGACAGCAGUGGGCGUGUCUAUGUCGAAUGCAGUCGACCUGUCUUCCUCCAGGAACCUCCUAAUCCUGGGGAUAUCGCUCUCUCUGGGUCUCCUCCUGCCAGACUGGAUGGCCGCUAACGAAAACUCUAUCAAUACAGGCAACGAAGUACUCGAUCAGUUGCUUGAAGUGCUGCUGGUGACACCCAUGUUCGUGACCAUGUUCUCGGGAUGUGUCCUGGACAAUCUGGCUCCAGGUACACAGGAGGAACGUGGGAUGGCUAAACGAAAUUUAGAAGCAGCACGUGACACUCAAGAGACAACAGAUGAUCCGUACAGGCUACCUUACAUCAGCACCUACAUGGACAAACUCAGAUGCUGUUCAUAUUUCCCUGCGUCUCCCACGUUCAAACAGGUGUUGGUAACGUGUAACAAGAAGAAGGAGGAGACCAUAUAGCAUAUGGUAUUUGAACUGAGCGAAGUGUGCGAGUAAGUUAAAAUUUAACGUCACAUCGUCAAUAUGUCGUGAUCGUGACGAUACAAAUUUAUACAAUAUACAAAUUUAUAUAUAAAUAGCUAAAUGUAACAAAACUUGAUAAAAUGCUGUCCUUAACGAACACUAAGAACUAGAUUAUCACAUAUUUGUUAAAGCUAGCUCAAAGACAAUUUAUAUAGUAAUAAACUAUUAAAAUAGACGAUAAAGGGAAAGGAUAUCACCAGCAGUCAAAGAUAGACCACCAUACUAGAAAUAUUUGAUCGAAUAUUUCAAAAAGAAUAUCGAGCUAUGGUUCAGGUAAAUGCUUCAAUAGCCUAUCUUAAUAAUAAAGUAUUAAUUAACGAUACAAUUAAAAAGAGGCAAUAGAUCACCAACAGUCAAAGAUAGGCCACCAUACUAGAGAUAUUUGAUCGAACAUCCUUAAAAAGAAGAGCUAGAUCGAUUGAAUUCCUUCAGCUGAUCGAUGAUCCCUGUUGCUGUGUUAUAAACCUACUCAAAGGCGGUAUAUAGCUCAUAAAGUGAAACUAAUUUGUUAGAAGUAUUAUUCAGCUAUUUGUUCUAGUGUUGUUUCUGAUACUUUUGAUACUCAGGACCAUAACUGGACGGUGACAAAUGCUUGGCUAGUGUUUCUCGAAGUUUAUUUGCAAUGUCAGCUCUGUCAGUUGUUAACCGAUCACCGAGAUGUUGAGCAGUAUAUUUUGAACAUAUGCCUUUUAUUCUUUGUAUCAUGUUCCACAUACAAAUUGUUACGAGAUAUAAAGUUUUCAAAAGUUUCCUCUUAUUGUUUGCGUCUGUACUUCCCCACUGAGGGUUGUGCCCGUUCAAAUAGUCUGUGAUGAUGCACGGCUAAGCUGGCUGGUCAUACAGAUUCUGAAGCUCGGACUGGCGACGUGUGAAGGUGGUAUAUAUAAAGAGCACAAAGUUUAUGCAAUGUACUGGGUUUACGCGAAUAGCAAGGACUUCAAGAUUUGUAUUUAUACGUACACGACUUUGAAUAAAGUCCUGUCUAACUAAAAUAUUAGCGAGUCCAGUUGCUUUAUCACCCGGAGGAAAUAAUGGCUUGUGUAUAUUAAGAUACGUCCUUGGAGACACAUUGCUGAUGGACAUUGCUGAUUGCGUUAUGGAAGCUCAAUCGGGGCGGAACUACUUCGGGAACGUGUGGAAGGAACACUUCUUCCUCUCUCCUGUGAUGAUGGACUCACCUCCGUAUCCAAACGACUAAUGGUUAUUGUGAACGAUGUGAAAGCGUAUUUCCGAAGAAGAGGAGUUCCCAACUUUCAGCCGUUUGUUUUGUUCUUUCAACCUUGCCAUUUGAACGCUUGGUUUGACUACCUCAUGUUCUGUUAAACGCACAAACACGUUUGGGUUUUUGAAGUCAAAUGCUUUGGCUAAAUGUUGGUAGUGAUUGUAAAAGGCUGAUCUGAAUUUACCCAAGUUAACUCGGUCUGACACGUGAUGGUGUUGUUUGGACAGAGCAGCAGAAUGUCUUAAUGUUCAAGGAUUUUUUUGUCUGCUUUGCGUACAUGUUUUUGAAAUGUGAGGUCUGAUUGUACAAAAUAAAUGGAACAAGACAUA